AUUUAAUAAAUUAAUGAUCAUUAAAAUAGGUCUCUGGUCUCUUUGUAGUCUGUAAGCACAGCUUUCCUAUUCUUUUUCCCAAGUCUUCUUUUCACACUGUUUGGGUCUGAAUCUUUCACAUGCUCACAUUCUUCCUCUUCUCUCACAUGCUGCUCUUCCUUCGUUCUUCUCUUACCUACAUUGCCUUCAAGGCUUCUCUCUUUACUUCCAUCUCACAUUUUCUGUUCUAGAACCUGUUUGUUUCCUAGGAAAACUAGGCCUGAAGCUCUGAGUUUCCAAGGAAAAGAUCCUUCCUUUCAUAUCUUUGGACUCAUUUUCUACAGAAAUCUUCUUACUUCAUGGAAUAAGAGCUUCUCAUAAACAGAUCUUAAUUUUCACUCAUAAUCAAAACCACCCAACUGAGCUUUGACCUGGAUUGUAUCUAUGGGGGCUUAGAGGUAUCCCAUUUUGCCCAAUUUGGGUCCCAUGUGUGCGUAAGAGUUUCAAUUUCGACCCUUUUUUUUCACCCCCUUCUCCAUACCGGAAACAAAAAAUAACCAAAAUUUUCCUUACUUUUCUGGUCAUUCAUGGCUUCCUAAUUUUGGUUCUGACUGGGUCAUUCAUUUUUGGUAUUUCAUCCAUCACCCACCAUUCUUGUUGCUUUGGUCAAGUUUCUGAUGCACUCAUGUUGAUUUUGGAGAUACUGGGCCCAAGAAGUGGACGUUUUAAUGGGGGUAUCCCAUGCCGGCUGGCUACCUUGAAUCUCUGAGGUCUAUACGGUCUUUGUCAGAUAGUGAAGAGGUUUUGUGCACUGUUGGCUGUAGUCAUUUGUUGAUCUCUCUAAGCAUAUAGAAAUGGCUGAAAAGGAGAAAUGGCUUCUUCAUUCACCUCUCAUGCUAUUUAUCUGUGUUGGGUUUCUGCUAUUUGGGGUUGUGGUUUCAGAAAUUCCCUUAGGUUCAAAGCUUUCUGUGGCAGAAAAUAAUUUAUGGGUUUCCUCCAAUGGUGAUUUUGCACUUGGAUUCUAUAACCCUCCUGAUCAGCCUAAUCAGUUUAGUGUUGGGGUUCGAUUCAAUUCGAAAUUGAUUCCUGCUAGCAAACAGACUGUGGUUUGGGGUGCUGGAGCUGAUGUUAGAGCAAGUAACAACUCCUAUUUCCAACUUACACAAAAUGGGGAACUGGUUCUGUUUGAUUCCUCACAGGGAGGAAUGCUGUGGACCAGCAAAACAAGUCAAUUGUCUAUUGCUUCAGCACAACUUCGUGAUGAUGGAAAUCUUGUGCUGCUUACUGAGAAGAGGCAAGUAGUUUGGCAGAGCUUUGAUACUCCCUCUGAUACACUUCUUCCUGGCCAGCAAUUAUCACCACAGGGGAUGCUAAGAGGUGCUACCCGCAAUUCCAUUUCAAGUUAUUACAGUCUUUACAUGGAUGUUUCAGGUCAGUUGGAACUAAGGUGGGAGAGUAGCAUCAUUUUUUGGAGAAGUGGAAGCACCUCUGGUUCAAAUCUCAGUGCUGUUCUCACCUCUAAUGGCUCCCUGCAACUUGUGGACCAGAAUUUGAAACCUCUUUGGUCUGUGUUUGGACAAGAUCACAAUGACAGUGUAAAGUUCAGGUUCCUAAGGCUAGAUGUGGAUGGCAACCUGCGGAUGUACUCAUGGACGAAUGUUGAGUCAUGGAGAACAGUCUGGCAAGCUGUUGAGAAUCAAUGCAAUGUCUUUGCAACAUGUGACCAGCGAGGAAUCUGUAUGUUUAAUGCAUCUGGUAUCCGUGUCUGCAAUUGUCCUUGGUAUGCAACUCACUCUAAGUCAAAGUGUUUGGUUCCUUCUCGGCUUGACUGCAAAUCUGCAUCCACCAUGGUUAAGUAUGAAAACAUGCUUCUCUAUGGGAUUUACCCGGUAAAUGAUUCCAUCUCUCAAAUGAGUCUAGAGAAGUGUAAAACCAUGUGCUCGAAUGACCCAAGCUGCACAGCUAUAACCUAUGCAAAUAAUGGAAGUGCACAAUGCCGAAUAAUGAGUACCCAAUAUGUCAGUGGCUAUUCAGAUCCUUCUCUAAAUUCUGUAUCUUUUGCCAAGACCUGUACAGACCCAACAGCUGCUGAUCCCAAUUUUGGGGUGAACUCCAAGCCGAGUGCUUUCACAGAGUCCAAUGGGCUAUGCAUUCCUUGUCUAAUUGGAGCAGCUGUAGGCACAUUAGCUGUAUUUAUUGUGGUUCAGUUUGGAAUUGCCUUUUGGAUUUAUAAAAGAUCAAUGUCUUGCAGGGGAAUGGUGUCUCUAGCAUGCACCGGCCCCAGUUCAAAAUGUUUGAUUAUGCUGUCCUUCUCUGAGAUCAAGGACCUUACCGGGAAUUUCAACAAUCAAAUUGGACCAAAGAUGUUCAAAGGCGUUCUACCAAACAAACAACUGGUAGCAAUCAAAGAGAUGGAGGCAACCAUAGAAGCAAGAAAGUUCCGAGCUGCUGUGUCAAGGAUAGGAAGCAUUCAUCAUAAAAGCCUGGUCAAGCUGGUUGGCUAUUGUUGCGAAUUUAAUCACAGGUAUUUGGUCUACGAGUAUGCUAAGUUGGGCUCUCUGGAAAAAUAUGUAGAAGAUUCCAUGCUGUGUAAGAGGCUGAAAUGGGGAAAGAGAAUGGAAAUAUGCUUACGUGUUGGUAGAGCCGUAUCUUAUUUGCACACAGGGUGUAGAGAGUUUCUAAGCCACGGGAACUUGAAAUGUGAAAACAUAGUCCUGGAUGAAAAUUUUGAAGCCAAGGUGAACGAAUUUGGGUUAAGGAUGCUGCUGCAGGGUGAGGCAUCUUCUCACAGGUCUCCUGCAGAGAAGGACGUUGAGGAUUUUGGCAAGAUGGUUUUGAUGUUAAUUACAGGGUUCCGAGAGGUGAGGGAUGUUUGCGACUGGGCUUACAAGGAGUGGAUGGGAGGUAAUGCAGGGGAGGUAGUAGAUAAACGACUCGGUGACGCGGUGGAGUAUGACGAGGUGGAACGGGCACUGAGAAUUGCAUUCUGGUGUCUUCAAAAAGAUGGACGCGCCAGACCUUCAAUGGCAGAGGUUGUUAAGGUGUUAGAGGGCACACUGUCUGUUGAUCCUCCUCCGCCACCCUUUGCUUGCCGGACGCCACCAUUGGAGGAAGAAGGAUCAAUGGAGUCAGGUUCAGAGACAUAGGAUCACUAAAAACUGUACACUGAUAGUUCCGGAUGAUUUUUCUUCUUUUGAUUUGUACCGUAGGACUAACAUUCAUCUCAAGGACAAUUUGGCCUUUGGUUCAGAAGAGACUAGCAUUUUUCCCACAACUGAUGUUACAAUGUCAAAGCAAAAGCAAUGUUGAAAGGAAAAUGUCAUUCUACUGAAAUUUUCCAAAAGCUACAUUUUGGAAUUAUUUGUUUCCUACAUGUUUCUUCCUUUAGGUGGCCAAAAUAUAAAGUAGGGAUAGAAUG